GUGUUUAAUGUAGGCCUAAUGCAAGCCUUAUAUAGAAACUGAUAAUGUAAUAACUGUUGAUAAUGUAAUACAAAUGCUGAUGGAUAAUUGAAUGGCUUUUGGCAAGUUGACAGUAUAACAUUAUGCUUAAGUUAUUACAUUAUCUAGCAAGUACAUAGUAUAAACAAGGUUAUUUAUUAAAAGGUAGAUGUAACACCACAAUAGAACAUACACAGGAAACAAUAGGCCUAUAUUUAUAGGUAUAGGUUAUGCAUUAUUUGUAGAUAAAUAAAUAAUGCAUCAUAGUUGCUAUAUGCCAUUUGAACACGCGCACACGCACAAACACACGCCCAAAUGUAGAAACACCUGCUUAUAAUUUAUUUGGUGAAUUGACCGCUAGAGGGUAGCAAAUCUAGGUUUCGUGGCGUCAUCGUCAGGAUUUUCAAAAGGUCUAUUCAUAUAUUCCAUUGGAUGCCUGUGAACGAGUUUGUUUGUUGUCUCCUUGUUUUUUUACAAAGACAAACAAGUGAAUAAAGUGGUAUGUUUUCAGAUUUGUUUACCUAUAAAUCGUUGCAUCUUAGAACCGACCCCCUUUCACUGAUACAGGUAGCUGUAUCAGUGAAAGGGGAUCGACACAUUUCGAGCCUAUUAUUCUGCGGCAUUAUUUCAGGUCUACUUUAUUCUAACGUGUAUUAACAACUACCUGGUAAGCUGAUAUUCCUGGACAGUAACUUUGGCUUCUUGUUUCCUCAGAGAAAGCAUGAGUGAUCACCCGAUUAAUCCCUUGGUUUUGAUUGGCGUGGGAUCCAGUUUCUGUUUAUCUGCAUUGUCUUGUCAUUUUUACCGGGUUAAGAAUGAGGAAUUGCGAAAGUUAAAAGAAAUACCCAUUUUCAAGCCAGAUCAACAUUUGUUAGAUUUACUAAAGGCAUCUCCCCGCAAGCGAUUCCCAUACAUUGCUGUACAAGGUCUGGUCCAGCCAGAUGGGGAGCCGCUGGCCAGCGAGUUUGUUCCUCGAAGAUUCGGGGUUGUCCAGAAGAUAUCAGAAGAGGAACACUGGGAGUACUGGAACUCUCUCACUAAAACAUGGGACUCAAGGAGCACCAACCGGAAGCAGACCAAUCACACGGUCCCCUUCAGCCUGGUGGCGCUAGGGGGCCACACCACACCCGGCGGCCAUGACGGCGUCGGCGACGUCUACGUGAAGGUCCAGAACCCCCUGGAAGCCACGGGCCUGGACCUGGACCGGGUCCACCGCUUGCGCCACGCGGCAGAAGGGGGCGUGUCGGACGCCAUCCUCGAGGAUCUGAGCGGCGAGAGGGUUGUCGCCAAGGCGGAGAGCGAGGAGUUGCUGCGGGUCGGCGCCACCGUCACAGGCUUCGGGGAGCUGGUUCUGGAGGCUGACGCGGGGGCGGGGGCGGGGGGGAGGGUGAUGAGGCUGCAGGCGCCACAGGACGGCCGUCCGUUCAUCCUGGCGCCAACGGACUACAAGAGCUACGUGGCGUGGCAUGACAGCUCCGCCUCCCUGUGGAAGAUGCUGGCGGUGGCGUGUGGCGCCGUCGGGACCACCGUUUUGGCGGGAACCAUCUAUGACUUCCUCAAGAAAUUAUAUAGACCUUGAGAUGUUAUUUGUGGUGGGUUUCCAACCCAAAACGGUGUGUGGGAGGCUGGUUGGUUGUUGAAAUGAGUGGGAUAUGGAGGGCUGUUUAGAUAAAAGGUGCCAUUUAUUAGGGUAUUUCAGCAGUUGAUGUAUUCCAUCAAUAAGUGAUUCUGGGUGAGAAUGGCCUUGUCUGAGGGAAACUGGUUGAACAUGGGAUCAUGGGAUUAACACGGCCAGGGGAAGGGGUUCGACCCCAUUGUAUCCACCCACACUGUUGUGAGGCUUUGGAAAAAAGCGUCCACUAAAUGACAUUCAUCAGUUAUAAUGGCGACCAAAAUGUUUUCAACCUUGAUAACUUGAUAAUAUCAACUGUAUUCGUUCCUUACCUCAUACCCGUAACUAAAUUACUAGGAUCCUAGAUCUUGAGACAUAUGUCUCAUAGUUCAAUAGAUGGUGUAACACAGGAUUUCACUGUAGAAUAAUAUGACAGUAUAUUUUUGUAGUUUAGGUAUAUGCUCAAUGUAAGUAAAUUUUGUGAACAUGGUGUUCAUGUGAUUUUAUUUUCCUGUCUUUUUUAUUAAAAACGUCAUAAGUAAGGAAUUACAGGGUUAGGCUAUAUUUUUCUGAUAUGGACGUUUUAACUGAAAACAAGUUCUUACAGGCCUUGUAAGAACUGAUGGAGACCUAAAACAAACCUAAAAUGUAACCUAAUGAAGGCAUAAUGCCAAUUUUUAUGAAAACGAUAAUGUGAUAACUGGUUGAUAUAGCGGAUAGCAAUGGUUUACUAUGGUUUAUUUAAUAGCCAAUGCAAUGAAGUUCAAGUUACACUAAAUUAUUGUCAUGUGUAAGUCAAGUAUAUUGAAGUGAUAAAGUAAUCAUAAGUAAGUUAAGUUAACAUUACUGGAAAAAGAUGUGUGAAAACAGAUAAGCAUUUUGUGAAAUGUGAAAUACUGUAUUUUUGAUUUGUACAUUAUUAUUUUGUGAAACGCAUUGCAAAUUAAAGCUUCUAGUAGUGAGUAAUA